AUGAACGACGCUCCAGCGGACAGCCGCAUCGGUGUCUUGGCGCUGCAGGGUGCGUUCCGGGAGCAUGUGACCAGCCUGCAAUCCCUGCCAGGAGUGGAAGCCGUGGAGGUCAGGACGAAGGAGCAACUGGAUGGGGUGGACGGCCUGAUCAUUCCAGGGGGUGAAAGCACCACCAUGGCCUUGGUGGCAGAGCGCUGGGGUCUCAUCCCUGAGCUUCAGCGCUUCACCAGGGAGCUCCAGCGCCCCGUCUGGGGCACCUGCGCCGGCCUCAUCUUCCUGGCAGACCGCGCGGUUGGCACGAAGACCGGAGGCCAAGCGCUUCUGGGCGGGCUGGACGUCACUGUUGCCCGAAACUUCUUUGGCGCACAGAUCCACAGCUUCGAGACGCGGCUGACUGCACCAGAGUGCCUCCUGCAUGCCCCCACAGCGGUGGCAGGGCAGCCUACUUUCAGGGCCCUGUUCAUCCGUGCCCCCGCCAUCCUGGAGACAGGCCCAGGUGUGGAGGUGCUUGCCAGGUACCACCUGACACCCGAGGAGGCGGCGGAAGACUCAUCUCGCCCCGCCUCGGUUGUGGUUGCUGUGCGAAGUGGACACCUGCUGGCCACCUCAUUCCACCCAGAGCUCGUUGGGGAUGCCCGCUGGCAUGCGCUGUUUGCCGACAUGGUCCGUGAGACGAUCAAGGGAAAGCAGAGGGAGGAGCGGCAGGCCCGGGAAGUCAGCCCCCUGGAGGCUCGCAAGCCACGAGACUUGCCCAAGCACUGA